AUGGGUCGGCUCGACCGGAGUGAUACCACGGCCUCACAGAAAACCGGCGUGAAACAACCACAGCGUUGUGUUUCGCCAUACAUGCAAGACUUCGGCACGUUGUCGAGUACGACAGUGACGGAGGUGCUGAUGCUGGAGAUGAAGAUGGCUCCCACGGCGAAGACAUACCUUGUGUCCGGGUACCCGCGUUCCAUGAGAGACGUCGCUGAGUAUUCUGAUAAGAUCCAGACUAUAAACGGAGUAGUCCUUGUAAGCUGGCGGCAGAGAGUACUGGAGCGACAGAUCGAGUAUGGCGCACGCCUCGGCCAUGUCGUCCUGAGUCUGGCGCGGAUGGAACUCAACAACUUCUACAAGAACGUCAUGCCCGUGGCAGACUACUUCGACCAGACCAACAUGCUGAUUGCGGUAAACGGCGAACGCAAUCCAGAUGAAGUGUACAAGGACUUCAGAGCUGCUGUACUUCAAAUCUUAGGUGCUACGGAAGAUCAGUCCACGAUGAAUGGUGUUAGUGGCGUUGGCGUCGGAGCUGGUGGAAUACCAGGAGAGAUAGUAGGAGUGGAACCGGCUCCAGUAGUAGAUAUAGAAAGAGAGAGAAGAGAAGAAAAUGUGGCACCUGUUGUGCCUUUGCCUGUAGCCAUGCCGUUGCCUGUACCUAAGGCCUUGCCUGUAACCGUACCUGUUAAGGAAGUGGCGAAUGAUAGAGUGGUUACGCCGAAGCCUGAAGUAAUAAGGGUCCGAGGAGAAACGACCACUCCAGCUUUGCUCUGGGUGGUGGGUGGCCCAGGCAGCAAUAAGGCCACUCUCUGUCAACGAGCGGUCUCGCAGCGACAAGGCUGGACUCAUUACAGCCUAGGCCAGCGUCUCCGCAGCCUAGCAGAUGCAGGAGGACGUCCAGCAUCAGACGGUGCGCUCGCUCGCGCAGCCAUCAGUGGAGGAGAACUCGUUCCUAUGGAACUGGUCACUAAGCUGGUCAGAGCAGCCAUGCAGGAUGCUGGGAGAAUGGGCCAUGGGCUGGUCUUAGAUGGGUAUCCUAGAGACUUGGAACAGAUGGAGCAGUUCCAAACUGAGUUCCGUAUAUCUCCUCGCAUGGUACUCUUGGACUGCUCCAAGCUACAGCUGGGUCGUGGAAGACGUGACGACUCCGUGGCCGCCUUCAGGCGGAGACUGGAGGUCUUCCGCGAACUCAGCCUGCCCAUGUUGAAGACUUUAGACCAGGACCAUCGGCUGGUCAUCGUGGAUGGGGAUACUGACUCUCCUGACGUGCAGACGGAGUUCACCAGAGUAUUGCUCGAGGAGAUGGAGAAGGCUGAAGCCCUAGCUGCCAUGCCACAGCCUCAAGAACAACCAAGCCGCAAAGAUCCGCCGAGCAUGCAGCAGUUUGCAACAGCUGUAUCCCGUAUGGGCGGUGGACUUGCCAACGGACAUGCUAAUGGUUCCGUGCCCAAUGGGAACGUGCACAACGGUGGCGUUGGUAAUGGGUUCAUUGCCAUGUCCGGGAAUAAGGUGAAACCUCUUCUAAACAACGUGACAAAGAUCCCGACAGUGUCGCAGAUGACCCAUGACGACGUGCGCGCCCUCUAUGAACACGGUACCGGAGAGAUCACCAUGAAUACCCACAUGUAG